AAUGCAGGGGAAGGGGCGGCCCCCAGCUGAUCAUUGCCAUUAAUAGAGGGCUGAAACACCGCCUGCUAAAAAUAUCCGGUUGGAGGCCCAUAAAAGCGCAGCCGGCCAGGCGCCCAGCACUUCUAAGAGCCUGAGCCAGAAGCACAAGCAAGCCAGCAUGACCGAGCGCCGCGUGCCCUUCUCGCUCCUGCGGAGCCCCAGCUGGGACCCUUUCCGCGACUGGUAUCCGGCCCACAGCCGCCUCUUCGACCAGGCCUUCGGGCUGCCCCGGCUGCCCGAGGAAUGGGCGCAGUGGUUCGGCACGAGCGGCUGGCGGCAGCUCAGCAGCGGCAUCUCGGAGAUCCGACACACAGCCGACCGCUGGCGCGUGUCCCUGGACGUCAACCACUUCGCCCCCGAGGAGCUGACGGUCAAGACUAAAGACGGCGUGGUGGAGAUCACCGGCAAGCACGAAGAGAGACAGGACGAGCACGGCUACAUCUCCCGCUGCUUCACCCGGAAGUACACGCUGCCCCCUGGUGUGGACCCCACCCUGGUCUCCUCCUCCCUGUCUCCUGAGGGGACGCUCACCGUGGAGGCCCCGCUGCCCAAGCCAGCCACACAGUCUGCAGAGAUCACCAUCCCUGUCACCUUUGAGGCACGGGCCCAGCUUGGUGGCCCAGAAGCUGGGAAGUCAGAGCCGUCUGGAGCCAAGUGAAGGCCUUAGCCCUACUGCCCACUCCAGAGCCAUCACUGGCCAUCCUCACCCAAUAUCUUUUGAUACGUUUGUCUUAUGUUUUUCUCAAAUAAAGUCUGAAGCAACUGCUUA